AUGUCUGAACACCCUGCGCAUUACUCUGGCGAAUUCCACGCUCGCGUCCCUCCGUCCGAGCCCAUGAUGAAAGGAGGACAUCAACCCGGCAUCAAAGUCGGCAACGACCGCCUCCCAGAAUCCCACCUCGAGACAUUCCCUCCAGGAACCGCCCCUCCCGAAUCAUCCUUCCGCCCCAAUCCCACAUCAGAAAUCCCAGGCCAAGCCAACAACCCCGAAGUCGACGCUUCCACCCGGACAGACCCCCUCGACUUCCCCGGCGCCACGUCAAAAGACGUAAACAACAGCUUCGGCCGCCCCCUACAAGGCCUCGAAGGCCGCGAAGUAGCCUCGCAGUUGCCGGGCAAGAAACACACCGGCUCGCGAACGCAUCCUCACGGCCACAAGGAAGUGGGAGAAGGACUGGGCGCCAUUGAGGCCAAUGCCAACAAAACCGACCCCGUGAGAGAGCAUGGGUGGGAUCUGCCCGAGGGCGUGGAGAAGGGCACGAGGGGCAAGGUGGGUGGAAGCUUGCCUGGGGCGGAGGGGGUAGAGCCCGUCAAGGCGGAUCAGGUUGCUUCGGAGAGGUUUUAA